AUGCAAGAGUUUCUCAUCUGCGUCGAGAUGUUCUUCGCCGCGAUCGCGCACGCGUACGCGUUCCCCACGAGCGAGUACGAGAAGCGAAGCAGUCACGACGACGACGACGACGACGACGAUUCGUAUCUCGGUCUCAGAGGAGGACGCGAAAGGUCGUCGUCGACGCCGCGACGCGUGUCCAUGUUCGAAAACGUGAAGGACAUGUUCGACCUCCGCGACGUCUACUUGGACGUGAUCAACUACGGGGAGAGGAACCGCGAGAACGUGUUCGAAGGGCUCAAGGGCGCCGCGGGGAUGUUCGUCGGCGGGAGUGGUGGGGGGAGCGGCGGCGGUGGGAAGGCGCAUCAGGACGGCGACGUCGAGCUCGAAGAGAAGAAGAAGAAGACGGCGGCGGCGGCCGCCGCAGGCGAGGAUUUAGGCGUGAGGGUGCUGCAAGGGUUGCAGAGCAUCGACGGAGGACCGAAGAAGAGCGGCGGCGGCGGGGCGGGGCAUCCCGGGACGGAGAUGAACAUCGACACCCUCAUCCCCGGCCGUUAG